AAACAUCUUGGUGCAUUAAAGAGCAGUAUUGCCGCCAGCAUGUCUCACCUCCAGCCCUAAGGCGAUUUUCUCCUAUCUCAGUAGAUGGAACAUACAAUCGGGUUUUACACGGAGACAUUCCAUUGCCCAGGGAUGAGCAGGAGACAGAGGCCUUCCUCUUUUCUCAACUGCAAGGAGGCCUUCCUCUUUUACUAAUCAUCCUCAGCACAGACCCUUUACGGGUGUUGGGCUGAAGGAUGGUCAGGUCUUUCCCUUCCCACGAGGCCAUAUCUCAGACUAUCACAUGGGGAGAAACCUUGGAUAAUACCUGGCUUUCCUGGGCGGAGGUCCCUGUGGCCUUGUGCAGUGUAUUGUGUCCCUGGGUACUUGAGAUUAGAGAGUGGUGAUGACUUUUAACAAGCAUACUGCCUUCAAGCAUUUGUUUAACAAAGCACAUCCUGCAAAGCCCUAAAUCCAUUAAACCUUAAGUCAACACAGCACAUGUCUCUGUGAGAACAGGGUUGGGGGUAGGGUUACAGAUUAACAGCAUCUCAAGGCAGAAGAAUUUUUCUUAGUACAGAACAAAAUGGAGUUUCUUAUGUCUACUUCUUUCUACAUAGACACAGUAACAGUCUGAUCUCUCUUUCUUUUCCCCACAGUGCACUGUUGUUGGUGCUCCAACUUCACAGUGCAGGGGUUGAGGUGUCAGCAGAGGGAACACAUCAGUGCCAUUUCACUGUCUCCUGUGUCAAAGCAAAAUGAAAAUGCAGACCAGACUUCAAAAACUCCUGAGCAAACAAAACCCAGUAGGCCUUAAAAACAGCCUUAACCUUGCUUAACCUGCAAACAUAAGCAACAAUUCACUUGAGUCAUUUCUGGUAAACGCUUGUGUUAGGGAAGGACAAAACUCAAUCUCAACCGAUCAAAAGCGGCCAACUCACAUACUAUUAUGUCAUUAGGGACUUUCCAAGGCAAAUUUUAAAAAAAGCAUUUUUAUAAUUGUAACUAAUCAAAUAAUUUCUUUGUUUUACUCCUUCACUCACCCUGUGAAUACUUGCGUCUAAUGCUUUAAGAUAGAAGCGCGAGACUUCUUUUGGUUUGAUGCUUCCUAAUUCAUGAAUUGCUGUUUGUUCAGAUAAACUCCAGAAAAUGUUCCUGUGCUUCAGAUUUUUGCUUUCAGGAGAGUCAUCCCGGUUUAAUGAUACAAGAAACAACUGUUUCCCUUCUGUACGUCAGAUCUACCAAGAUGGCCGCGCCCAGAGAGCCGUGGCUCAGGGCGCGGACAUGUUACCUCCUCCAAGCAAAGCCUAAGUCCCAUAGUCCUAGGCACUGCAGAAUUAACUCGCGCCCUCGUGGACCGCCGGAAGCCGGGGCCAAUGCCGGAGUUUAAGGGCCAGAAAAGGAAGCAUUCAGGGAAUUUAGGUGUAGCCAGAAGGAAAUCAGGUCCUGGCUCCCCAGAGGCAAGAGAGUUCAAGUGAAGGAAGGAGGAGGUUCCUGGAUGUGGAUGUCCUCAUUUCUGGGAACACUCUUAAAUGGAGACUCAGAUUUCUUAGCCAAAAUUUAGGGAGGAUCCAGAAGAAACCAAAGAAGAAGCAUCCCAGUUCUUGGGUAUUUCCUGAAACAGAAGAAAAUGACAAAGGCCCAGGAAUCACUGACCCUGAAGGAUGUGGCUGUGGACUUCACCUGGGAGGAGUGGCAGCUCCUGGGCCCUGCUCAGAAGCGUCUGUACCGGGAUGUGAUGUUGGAGAACUACAGCAACCUUGUGUCAGUGGGGUAUCAAGCCAGCAAACCUGAUGCCCUCACCAAGUUGGAACAAGGAGAACCUCUAUGGACAUUAGAAGAUGAAAUCCACAGUCCAGCCCAUCCAGAAAUUGAGAAAGCUGAUGAUCAUCUGCAGCAGCACUUGCAAAACCAAAAAAUACUGAAGAGGACAGGACAACGCUAUGAACAUGGAAGAACUUUGAAAUCAUAUUUAGGUUUAACCAACCAGAGCAGAAGAUACAACAGAAAGGAGCCUGCUGAGUUUAAUGGAGAUGGAGCUUUUCUCCAUGAUAAUCAUGAACAAAUGCCUAUGGAAAUUGAAUUCCCUGAAAGUAGAAAACCCAUCAGCACCAAGUCACGAUUCCUUAAACAUCAGCAAACACACAACAUAGAGAAAGCCCAUGAAUGCGCUGACUGUGGGGAAGCUUUCCUCAAGAAGUCACAGCUCACUAAGCAUAAGAGAAUUCACACAGGAAAGAAACCCCACGGGUGUAGCUUUUGUGGGAAAACCUUCUACAAGAAGUGCAGGCUCACUGAACAUGAGAGAGUUCACAAAGGAGAGAAACCCUACGGGUGUAGCUUGUGUGGGAAAGCCUUCUCCAAGAAGUACAGGCUCACUGAACACGAGAGAGCUCACAGAGGAGAGAAACCACAUGGGUGCAGUGAAUGUGGGAAAGCCUUCCCCAGGAAAUCUCAGCUUACUGAACAUCAAAGGAUUCACACGGGAAAUAAGCCCCAUCAAUGCAGCGAAUGUGGGAGGGCUUUCUCCAGAAAAUCACUACUCAGUGUACAUAAGCGAACUCAUACAGGAGAGAAGCCUCAUGUAUGCAGUGAAUGUGGAAAAGGCUUCAUUCAGAAGGGCAAUCUCAACAUACAUCAACGAACUCACACUGGAGAGAAACCUUAUGGAUGUGUUGACUGUGGUAAGGCCUUCAGCCAGAAGUCUUGCCUUGUAGCACAUCAGAGAUAUCAUACAGGAAAGACCCCCUUUGUAUGUCCUGAAUGUGGGCAACCCUGUUCACAGAAGUCAGGACUCAUUAGACAUCGGAGAAUUCACUCAGGAGAGAAACCCUAUAAAUGCAGUGACUGUGGGAAAGCCUUCAUUACAAAGACAAUGCUCAUUGUACAUCACAGAACUCACACGGGAGAGAGACCCUAUGGCUGUGAUGAGUGUGACAAAGCUUACUUCUAUAUGUCUUGCCUUGUUAAACAUAAGAGAAUACACUCAAGGGAGAAACGGGGGGAUUCAGUGAAGGUGGACAAUCCUUCCACAGCAAGUCACAGCUUAAGUCCUAGUGAACACAUGCAGGGGGAAAGCCCUGUUAAUAUGGUAACUGUGCAGACACCUUCUGUGACCCCACAGAUGCCAUUUAACAUCAGCAGGCUCCUAGCAGAUAGGAACGUAGUCCUUGUGGGACAGCCACUUGCCAGAUGUGUACCCUCAGGAGAUAAUAGAAGCUUUGCACAGGACAGAAGGCUUACAAAUGCAGUGAAUGUGGUCGUGCCUUCAGUCAUCAAUUACAUCUUCUUUUAUAUUACAAACACAUAAUUUAAAACUACAUUAAAUGCAGAAAAGCCUUGAGCAAAAGUAUCUAGUUGAUUAUCUGGUUAAGUCCUCCUUCAUAAGAUUUCAAGCUUAUGUUUCAAUACAAAGCUUGAAAUCAUGUGAAUGCAGAUACUAGGAAAGCCUCUUUUGGAAGAGGGACCCUAUUAUUGGUGAUCAUCAUGGCAACAGUGAGCUCAUAGUGGGUAGAAAUACAGUGAUGGUGGGAGAGCCUUUGUCCUUUAGAGGUGUCAGUACACACUGGAGAAAAACUCCUGGAAGGUAGUGAAUGUGGCAGCAUUUUCAGUGGUAAAUUCUGCCACAUCCUUUAGCAGGUGAAAUCAUACAGAAAUAAAACACUGUGAGCCCACUACUGUAAAGUGCCUUUAACAAAAUAUUAAAUUACUCUUGAAACAAAGAAGCCCUGCAGAAA